CUCACCUCACAUCAUUGGGUUCCAGGCCAGGGCAUUUGUGGUCACCAAGGUUCAGGGGCGAUUUCUACAACAAAUUAUCUCACUCUCAAGCAAAAUUGUACCAACGAGAGUGACUGAACAAAGCUUAAUAAACUUUCUUCAAAAUUAAUAAGGUUUAAACCAAUUAGUGUGCGUAAUAGUUAAUAGCGUAACAGUUUUCUGUACGCUAGUUAUGUAACGUUUGGGAUCCCCUUCUUGCUGCCAUUCCGUGAAGGGAACUAUUUAUAGACGGUAACAAGAAAAUACUCUCCAACACGGUGAUGUAUGAUAUUUACAAGGGUUGGAAGUGCUUGUUUUUGAUCGACAUACGAACAUCUACACUGUUAUGUAUUACAUGUUUAAGACGUGUGUGCCUAAAUAAAAUACAUGAAAGAGUUAAUUUUGAGAAUAUAUUAUCGACUAGGAUUGGGGGUUUUGUAUAACACUUGAGUUGUAAGACUGACAAUCAAUAUAAUAUAAACGUUCUAGUUAUAAUGCAGUAAGUUAGAACAUGGUAACGUGGAAUUGAAUAGCCUAUUCUAGUUGACACCUGAUACCGUUUUGACGUAGUUAUUUAGACUGUUUUAUUGAAUGUUGAUGAAUCACUAGACAAAUAACAAAAGAUUGUGAAUGUUUACAUUUUAGGCAUAGAGAUAUCAAGAUCGACUCAACAUGUCUUGUUUCGGUUACUUACACCUAAACAUAAAUCUUUACUCCGUUUUAUGUUUCACCGUUUGUUCAGCAGCAAUACAUAUCUCCGGAGAAAGUGAUUUGCUUUUAGAAGGAGAUGCACCACUAACACUUACAUGUGUGAACGAUUUGAACUCCGAUGUGGAUUUUCGUUUUAAUUCGAAGUUGAUUGGUACAUGUUACAAAGUAUUUGGAUGCAACAGCAAGGAUCCUAACUUUACUCUUUCUGCAAAUACAUCAUCUGCACUAUAUACAUAUAGUUUACAUACAGUUAGUAAUUUCAAUACGAUCCAUUGUGGCACAUACCGAUGCACAGACAUUGACAACAUUAACCUUCACGAUUCAGUUAGUGUGGCAUACAAAGGGUUCGACAACACUUCCUUCACAGUUGACGAAAAUAAUGUCUCGUUUUCCAUAACAACUAGUUGUACCUUUCACGCAGCAAUGCAGGACAUGACGGUUUCUUGGUUUUAUAUCGAUAAUUCAUCUUUACCGCGUACGGAUCUUUCCACCGAGGACGGUUUUAACAAAACUAAUGAAUGCACCAAUUACAAGUGUGACACUUCUCAGGCGAAAAGCUUCACAUUCGGAUUACAUUUCAAAGAUCGACCUGAACGAUUUCAUAUGGCCCUAAUUGAAGUUAAAGUGGUUUAUUCGCAAUAUUUGUACAAACCAUUGGUAUGGCGAUCCUUGAAAAUGUACCCCGUCAAAGAUGUCAUUUCGGCUAAUUCAGAAAAACAAUCAUCAUACACCCGUUUGUUCAUAGGAAUUUUUACACCUGCAGUCGUAAUAGUUGUUGCCGUGGUACUUCUAUUAAUUCUUCGUAAACGCACAGACAACAGAAAAGAGAGAGUGGGCGAAGUUAUAACUCCGAUAACAGACAACGGCCAUGUCUCAACAACGAACGAGUACGAAGAAAGGUCAAACGGCCCUGAUAUAAACCUUAGUAUGUGUGGAGAAGGAUCCAACGCCCAUACAUCAUCCAUAAACAAAUGCAAAGAGGAAUUCGUCGACUCUAAAUCAUCCACAAGUGCGUGUGGAAUAGAUUUCGGCGUCCGUCAACAAACCACAAACGAGUGUGGGUAUGAGUCCAUCGUUGCAAGCUUAUCCAAAAAAAGAGUACGAGGAAGAUUCCAGCGAUCGUGAAUCAACCCAAAACGAGUACUUAUGUGCGUGUAACAGGGCUAAGUUAUCCUCCAAAGAUUGCACAAAUAAUUCCAACAAGUAUAUAAGCCAAGAAGAAUCCAGCCACCCUACAUUAUCCACAAACGAUUGCAGAUAUGAGUCAAGAAGCCCUACGUCUUCCGGAAAAGAGUGCCUAUAUCAUUCCUAUGACCCUUAUUCAUCAACAAAUGAGUGCGGAAAAACAUCUAGCGAUCCUAAGUCAUCCGCAAACAAGUGCGGAAAUGAGUCGAAUGGUUCUAGAUCGGCCUCGACCGAGGGUGGAGACGAAUCCAGUGACCCUAAAUUAUCAACGAACGAGUGCAAGGAAAAUGCCAGUGACCCUAUGUCCUCAACGAAAAGAUAUGAAAAUGUGUCCAUAGACCCUAAGUCAUCCAAAAACGGGUGCGGAUAUGAGUCCAAUGGCGCUACAUUAUCCACAAUCGAUUGCACAAAUGAGGAAAUCGUUCAAAAAUCAUGCACGAACGAUUGCGAAAAUGCGUACCAAAACCUACAAUUAUCCAAAAGAAAGUACACAUAUGAGGCAAAUGACACUAAUGUAUCAUCUAACGUUUUCGGAAAUGAUUCCAAUCAUCGUAAAUCAUUCCUAAACGAUCGGAAUAAAAAGUCAAGCGACCGCAAAAUAUCAACAAAUAAGUACGGAGAACAGCUAAGCAACUCUCAGUCAUCAAUACCCGAGUCCCGAGAAAAAUCCUACCACCCCAUAUCAUCCAGAAACGAGUGUCGAGAAGAAUCAAGCGAACUUAAAUCAUCCAGCGACAAGAGUGUGUAUCAGUCUAAUGGCGCUAAAUUAUCUACAAGUGAUUACAGAGAUGAUUCAAAUGACCCUAAUUCAUCCACAACUGUGUGUAGAAAAAAGUCCGGGGACAAAGAAUCAUCCCCUAAAGCGUGCAAAGAACAAUCCAGCGAACCUAAAUCAUCCACAAACAAGUCUGCAGAUGAGUCCAAAUGCACUGCAAUAUCCUUAUAAGAGUGCGGAGAUCAGUCUAACGAACUUAAAUCAUCUACGAACGGAUAUGAAGAUGAGUCCAUAGACCCUAAAUCAUCCAACAACGCGUGCGAAGAUGUGUCCAAUGGCACUAAAUUAUCAACAAAUAAUUGCGGAAAUAUGUCCACGGACCCUAAAUUAUCAACAAAUGACAGAGAUGAGUGCAGAAACCCUAAAGCAUCCAGAAACAAGUGCAUAUAUGAGGCAAACGACACUAAAUUGUCUACAAAAAAGUGCGGAAAUAAUUCCAAUGACCUUGAAUCAUUCCCAGGCGUUGGCAAAGAAGAUUCCAGCGACCGUACAUCACCAUCAAACGAGCCUUAUGAUGAAUCCAAAGGCGCUGAUUUAUCGAAAAAACGAGUGUAAAGUUCUGUCCAACGUAAUAAAAUCUUCGGCAAAAGAGUCCAAUCACGCUAAAUUAUCCAUAAUCAGUUGUUAGGAUGUGGCCAAUGACCAAAUAUCCUCCUCAUAGGAGUGCAGAAAAGAGUCAAUCGACCCUAAAUCCACCACAAACGAGUGCCCAGAUGUGUUAAAUGGUGCUAAAUUAUCUUCAAGCGAUUACGUAGAUGAGUCCAGCGACACUUAAUCAUUCACAAAAGAGUACGUCGAAGAGUCCAACGACCUUUAAUCAUCCAAAGUUUCCAUAUUCGGUUGUAGAGAUGAGUCCAAUGACAGAAAAUCACCUACAAGCAUGUUUGAAGACGUCAAGCUACCAUAAACCAUCCUCGAAGAUUGCGUAGAUGAUGCAAACGGCGCUAAAACGAGGUCGCAAAAGAGUUCAUCGACGCUAAAGCAUCCACAAACGAGGGCGAAAUUACGUCAAAUGGCGCUGAGUUAUCAACAAAAGAGUGCUGAGUAGAUCCAAGUGAUUCUGUAUCCCUUAAUCAUCCACAAAUGCAUGAGGUGUUGAGUCCAACUGCGCUAAAUUAUCUCCGAACAAAUGCGGGGAGUAUUGUUAUGUGGCCAUCUACAAACAAAUGCGAAGAAGGGUAACGGGGCAAACUUCACCUCAAACAAAUGCAAAAAAGAGUCGAAUGACUCUCAAUCAUCCAAAGUCGAAGUGAAAAUCUACAAAACAGCCAUGAGGUAACCGCAAUCCAUUGAGGAAGGUUAAAUUGUCUUCAGUACCCCUGAACAUAUGAGAAGAAGAUACCAUUUUUAUAAAGAAUCUGCAAAAUCAUCAACAAAAGUGAGAGGAAUUAACCAAACUUAACUUCAAAAAAUAUUCGAAUAUUCGAUCGAACAUUUGGUAUUCGAAUGUCAAAAUCGGUAUUCGCAUAUUCGAUGAUUUUUUUUAUUAAAUAAAAAAUAAAACUUUUUUGCUACCACUGUCUUGUUUGGUAUACUUUUUGCUUUGAUUAUUUUUACAACGAAUGUC